AAAUUAGAUAAUAAAGCAGAUAAAAACCAUGUUCAUUAUAUAAGUUCAGAUGAACAGAUUAUAACGGAUUAUCAUGGAUAUUUAACACAGGAUGAAGAAGUGAAGACGGAAGAUGUUAAUGAAAGAAGAUAUAAAUUCAUUCGUGCUGAAGGUUAUGACAUACGCUGUACUGUACAGUAUGACACGGGUAAAGCACCAGAAGCAUUUGGUUAUAACAAUGAAAUUUAUGCUUCAUACUUCUUUGUUAACGGUGUAUUAGUUGAACCAAGAUUUACAUUGAGAGUUAAGGCAAAAAUAACUUUUGAAGAUGCUAUUAAAAGUAAAGCUGACAAAGAUGAACUUGACGCAACGAACAAAGUUUUGAAAUCUCAUAAACACAAUAUCUCCGAUAUAAAUGAACUUCAAGCUACAUUAAAUAGUAAAGCUGACAAGAACCAUACACAUGAAUCCUUCACUACUGUUAGAGCAGACGACAUAAUAUUGAACUAUACCCUUGGUUCAGGUGCACCUUUAGAGAAUCCAAGUACAAGCGUAAAAGAUACACUAAACUCCUUAAAUAACAAAUGUAUAAAUAUCGAAGGUCAUGUCAGAAACUUUGAAACAUAUGAACUACCAGCAAUGUUAGAUAAAAAAGCAGAUAAAGAACAUACACAUAACUCCUUCUCAACUGUUGCUAUAGAAAGUAUUGAAGGAACGGUUGGCGGAACUGGUGGGGAUGCAUUAUAUUAUAAACCUCCUAACUUUCCACAAGGUUUAACAUCGAAUGAAAACAUAACAACGAAGAAAGACAUUAGCUGUAAAAAUGUUUAUGUCAUGGAUGAUGAAAAUAGUGUUAAAUUCACUGCUCAAGAUUUAUAUGAUAAGAAAGCCGACAAAACUUAUGUAGAUGAAAAAACAGAAUAUGCUAAGAACAAAGCAAUAGAUUUUACAGAGUGGACGAGGGAAUGGGUCAAUGAAAAUUGUGUGAAGAAGUCAGAAGUAAAUGAUGCGGUUAAUGGUAAAAUUAAUGAAAGAUUUUCGAAUAUAGAUUCAUUAACAGUUAAUGACAUUCAAUUACACCAUCAAUUACCGGGUCAAAAGAAUGUGGAAUAUAAUAAUCUUACUCAUGUUCUCGAUGGUUUCGAUGAAUUUAGAACUGAUGCAACAAAUGCGAUUACAAGCAUGAAAAAUGAAAUAUUGCAAGCUAUAUAUCCUGUUGGUUCUUUAUAUACAUCAAUGAAUUCAACAAAUCCCCCAACAGUUCUGGGUUUUGGUACAUGGCAGCAGAUUGUAGAUAAAUUCUUAUACUGUGCUAACUCUUCAAAGCAAACAGGAGGCUCAAAGAAAAUUAAAGAAGCAAACUUACCUGCGCACACUCAUACAGGAACGACAAACUUUUCUGGCGACCAUAGCCACUCAUUAAGAGACCACCCAUUAUACAACUCAGACUAUAAAGCUGGCAAUGACGUUUUAUCUCCAUCUUAUAACAAUUCAGCAAAAAAGACUUUUCGACCAACUGAACCAGGAGGAAAUCAUGUCCAUACUUUCACAACAAAUCCAACAGGCUCGGGUGAAGAUUAUAUGCCACCAUUUAUGACUGUAUUCGCAUGGUACCGUCUUGAAUAA